CACCUGCCCUAAAAAUUGAAUGUAUUGUAGAACAGACCUAUGGCCAAUGGUGGCAGAGUCUGCAUAGAACUAUGCUUCGUGGUGUUCUGGGAAAAACCUUUCGACUUGUUGGCUAUACUAUCCAGUAUGGCUGUAUAGCUCAUUGUGCUUUUGAAUAUGUUGGUGGUGUUGUCAUGUGUUCUGGACCAUCAAUGGAGCCUACAAUCCAAAAUUCAGAUGUUGUCUUUGCAGAAAAUCUUAGUCGACAUUUCUAUGGUAUCCAAAGAGGUGACAUUGUGAUUGCAAAAAGCCCAAGUGAUCCAAAAUCAAACAUUUGUAAAAGAGUAAUUGGUUUGGAAGGAGACAAAAUCCUCACCAAUAGUCCAUCAGAUUUCUUUAAAAGCCAUAGUUAUGUGCCAACAGGUCAUGUGUGGUUAGAAGGUGAUAAUCUACAGAAUUCUACAGAUUCCAGGUAUUAUGGACCUAUUCCAUAUGGACUAAUAAGAGGACGUAUCUUUUUCAAGAUUUGGCCUCUGAGUGAUUUUGGAUUUCUGCGUGACAGCCCUAAUGGCCACAGAUUUUCUGACGAUUAGCAAGCAUUUA